CGCAUGCUCUGACUUUCUCUCUCUUUCGAUUCUUCCGUACUCAGAGUACGCACGGUCUGAUUUUCUCUUUGGAUUCUUCCAAAAUCAGAGUCAUACUGCUCUCGGUGCCAUGAAUGGAGACGACGCCUUUGCAAGGAGACCUAGGGCUGGUGCUCAAAUACAAGAGAAGAUACAAAAGUCCUUCGAUGAUAUUGCCAAAUACUUCUCUAAGAAAGAGUGGGAAAAGAUGAAAUCCUCGGAGAAAAUCAUCUAUGUGUAUAUGAAGAGAAAGUAUGAGGCCAUGACUAAACUAGGUUUCAAGGCCACCCUCCCACCUUUCAUGUGUAAUACAGGGGCCACAGACCUCCAGGGGAAUGAUUUUGAUAAUGACCGUAACCAAGGGAAUCAGGUUGAACGUCCUCAGAUGACUUUCGGCAGGCUCCAGAGAAUCUUCCCAAAGGACCCAAAAGGGGGAAACAUGCCUGGACCCACAGACUGCAUGAGAGAAAGCAGCUGGUGAUUUAUGAAGAGAUCAGCGACCCUGAAGAAGACGACGAGUAACUCCCCUCAGGGAUAUGACACAUGCCCAUGAUGAGAAGCAGAACGUGGUGACCUUUCACGAACAUCAGCAUGGCUGCGGACCCCUCGUCAUCAGGUGUAUAGCAAGUGAAAGCAAGUGUUCACAACAGUGAAAAGUUGAGCGUCAUUUUUCCUAGUGUGCCAAGAGUUCGAUGUUAGUGUUUCCGUUGUACUUUCUUACGUGUGCCAUUCUGUUAGAUAUUAGCAUUUUCAUUGAUGAGCAAGACAUGCUUAAUGUGUAUUUCGGUUUGUGUAUCCAUGCACCUACCUCAGAAAGCAAGUGUAGUCAGGUAUUCUCUCUAUAGAACAGCACUGCCCUCCUCUCUCCCCAGGUGUGACUACUGAGGGCAGAUCUGAGUGUUUAAUUUCCGAUUUUCUCCUCUGCAUUUACACACCACACACACACACACACACACACACACACACACACACACACACACACACCAAGUACCAGUAUAAGCAUCUCCCAUAUGCUUUUCCCCAUUGCCAUGGGUCCUGGUCAAGCCCCCCUCAAUCUGUUUCCUGUUCAGCAUGUACUCCCCUCCUCUCAUUCCCUGUAUCAGUCACUGACAGUUAAUAAACCUUUGCAAACGUUC